AUGGUUGUCGGAACUGUUCUCGUCACCGGUGGCACGGGCUACAUCGGCUCCUUCACCUCGCUGACCCUGCUCGAGAACGAUUACCAAGUCGUCAUUGUCGACAACCUCUACAACUCGUCCGAGGUCGCCCUCGACCGCAUCGAGCUCAUCUGCGGCAAGCGGCCCAUCUUCCACAAGGUCGACAUCACCGAUGAGGCCGCUCUCGACAAGGUCUUCGAGGCUCACCCGGAGAUUGACAGCGCCGUCGGCGAGUCUGGCGAGAUCCCCCUCGAGUACUACCGCGUCAAUGUCGGCGGCAGCAUCAGCCUCCUCCGCUCCAUGGAGCGCCACAACGUCACCAACGUCGUCUUCUCCUCCUCGGCCACCGUCUACGGCGACGCCACCCGCUACCCUAACAUGAUUCCCAUCCCCGAGCACUGCCCCAUCGGCCCGACCAACACCUACGGCCGCACAAAGUCCAUGAUCGAGACCGUCAUCACCGACCACGUCAACGCCCAGCGCAACAACCUCCAGAAGGCCGGCAAGGCCUUUGAGCAGUGGAACGGCGCCCUGCUGCGCUACUUCAACCCCUGCGGCGCCCACCCCUCCGGCCUCAUGGGCGAGGAUCCCCAGGGCGUCCCCUACAACCUGCUGCCCCUGCUCGGCAGGGUCGCUACGGGUGACCGCCCCAAGCUCCUCGUCUUUGGUGACGACUACCCCUCCAGGGACGGCACCGCCAUCCGCGACUACAUCCACGUCGUCGACCUGGCCAAGGGCCACCUGUCGGCGCUCAAGUACCUGCGCGAGAAGAAGCCCGGCCUGCUGGCCUGCAACCUCGGCUCCGGCCGCGGCAGCACCGUCUUCGAGAUGAUCAAGGCCUUCAGCAAGGUCGUCGGCCGCGACCUGCCCUACGACGUCGUGCCCCGGCGCCAGGGCGACGUGCUCGACCUGACGGCCAACCCGAGCAUGGCCAACGAGCUGCUCCACUGGAAGACGGAGCUCGCCAUGGAGGACGCCUGCGCCGACCUGUGGAAGUGGGUCAGCAACAACCCCAAGGGCUACCGGCAGGACCCGCCUGCCGAGCUGCUCGAGGCCCUCAAGAAGAGCAAGGCCUGA